GGUUACUACUCGAUUUUGAACGUCUUUCUCUCGGUCCAGCCGAAUCCAUCGCCGUCAGAAAGGCAAAGGAGUGACACUGCUCCAUGAUUUCAAUCUCACUUGAAGGUAGUGAUCUACGAUCGGAUUUGAGUUGUUUCGGGGCGUGAAUGCCUGGAAUCUGAAGGCGAUGGAGUUCGACGAUGGCAACGACGCCGGUAACAAUUGCAGUGGGAUAUGGGAGUGGCAAGGAGAUGAGUAUAGUCUGCAGAGAGACACUAGAAACGAGUUGCCUCACUUGUUCUGGGAUAAAAUUAAUCAAAAUGAAGAUGAUUUGUUAUACAUUCUGGAUGAGCACACUCCGAUAAAAGAUUGCGCAGACUUGGGGCACUUACUUUCUGAUCUUGGAGGUGAUGCUACCAAGGGGUGGGAAGAGUGUAGAGACUCCAUGCAACUCAAAAGAAGGCGCAUGCUUCAGUUCACUUCUGAUGCUCGUGAAUCUCCAAAUGAUGAAAUGGCCUCAGCGUUAUUGAAAACGAAGUCAACGAUAAUGGAAGAUGAGAUUGCAGAAAGUUUAGAGUGUACUGCACAGUGGGCUUCAGCCUUCUCUGAAGAGAGGUCUGGUUUGAACUGUGAAGGUUUGGAUCAAUCAUCAGAGGGGUGGCUAGUAGAUUGCUUGAAUGAAAGCGAGAUGCAGUGCAGCCCCGAUGAAAUGAACACUAUUGUGGCCUUCAAUCAACAAGCUGAUAUUUCUGAGUAUUAUCAAGAUUCACCUACAAUGGAAACUGAUACGAUGCCAGAGACCACUGCCCCAAUUAAUCUGAAGCUUUCUAAGGGUAAGAAGUCGUGUAUCAGAAGCCCAAGAAAGUUGACAACUUCAGUUGCUUAUCCUUUUGCACUUAUCAAACCUUGUGGAGUUCACGGCGAUCUGACAUUGAGCGACAUAAAUCAACGAAUUCACGCUCCACCACCGUCAAAAUUGAAGCAUGUGAAGGACGAGGAUCCUUUUGAUUUGUAUCCGACAUCGGCUUUUUCUGGGAAACCUGUGGUUGUGAAAACAAAAAUACGCACUGAAGGUGGACAAGGUAGCAUUACGAUCACGAGAACCAAAGGUUAGCGGACAAGCAGCUCUGAAUGUUGCCUCCAUAUCACGUCCUCAUGCAUAUAACUUGAUGAAUUGUCGUGUAAGCUCUAGCCAGGUUUUGUAGAGAAUUUAGGUCUUUGAAAUGUUUUCUAGGUGCUGUAUUUAUCACUCGGAAGAAUUUGAUGAACUUGUUGUCUUUGAGGCUUAUGCUUCGUGCUGUCUUACUGUUUUGUUGUGCAGCUAUUAAUAUUGUGCACCUCAUUUGUUGCUUAUGGUUGAGUUAAUGAACCGUUUUGUAAAUAA